AUAAGCAAGCAUUGAUGCAAUGUAGAGAUAAUAUGGGCUAUAUAUGCAACAAACAAAUCUCUUCCUACACUAUUCCGAUCAAAUCCUAAAGGAAAAAUGAGCUGUAUAUUUUUAAUAUAUUUCUCCUUAUUAGCUUAUUACGUCUACGGAACUCAACUUCCAACCAUGUCAAAAAAGGAGUUGCUAAAUAUACUUGAUUGUAUCAGUGAUUCAAAGGACUUUCCAGCUUGUCAGCGAUUUUUAAAAUGCAAUGAUAUGAUGGCUGAAGAUGUAAAAAAGCGAUUUGAAGAAUGUCAAGAAAUGCUUCAUGCUCCCGUGGAAUGUGAAGAAGGAAAACCAUUAUUCCCGAAUCCAGAACAAAGCGAAAUUUUUGAUUGCAUAGCUGAGAAAUUUCCAACGGUUGAAGGAGAAGAUCGAGAAAAGAUGAGGAAUUUUGAAAAAUGUGCUAGAACACUACAUGCUGAGACAUGCAAGAUUCCUAAAUAUCUGUGAUUUCUGCGAAACAUUUCAUUAAUUGUCAGGUGUAUAAUAGUAAAAAAUAUCAGUUUUUAUUUAGUUAUAUUUUAUUU